GAUCGCAGUUCGUGCCCGCCUUGCGGUACCUCCAAGACCCAAGAGAUCCAGCAGACGGACGACUCCAGCGACAUCAAGUAUGGCGUUGACAGUACAAGACACCACCGGAGAUCUUCUCGCAUGCCCGGUCCGAGAGGCCAGCGAGCCUUGGGCUGACUAUCGUGGGCGGCUACAGGCAUUUACAGACGCCGUAGCCGCCGCCGAGGCUCAGCAGGCUGCGGCAGAGGCAGAACGUCAGCGGCUGGCCAAAGAGACGGCAGCCGAAGCUCAGCGGACAGCUGAGACUGACGAAGCGGCAYGAAACAGACGGAAUGCCGCCAGCACGGAGUCCCUGAUUGCUAGUGAGCAUCAGUGGACAACGUUACUCCAAGGCAUGAUCUUUGUGCCUACGGAAACGCAGGCGGAACCGACACAGGCGGAGGCAGAGAAAAGUAACCUGGCUACCGUGAUGUUGAACACAUGGAUGAACCACCUSGCGRCCACCCACAAGUGCACCAUCGCCGAACUCCACACGCACAUCACGUGGAAGGAGUUCGAGCAGCUAUGGUUCACCCGGUUCAUGGUCCGCAACGUCGUGAAGGCGGCCAUGAAUGAGGUGUACACAUGCUCUCAGGGGAACAUGCCAACUCGAGACUGGACAACGAAGUGGCAAAAGAUAGUGACCACGCCAGGAUUCGAUUUGAGUUUUCCAAAUCAACGAUCCGAGUUCUUUUCGCGAUCGUGCGCGGGACUGCGGUCGGCACUCGGUAAUGAGUACGACUAUACCACAUUCCAGGCCAUUCUGGAUCGAGCGAACUUGGUCAUCCAAACGGACGACAAGGCCGCUAACGAGAGACAAUCCCAACCGCAUUAUGUGGCUAAGCAGGCCUAUCAACGUCCGGCACAUAACAAUGCCGUAAUUUCCGUGGAAACCGACGACCACCACGCUGCAGCAACAUCCUCGGGUGAUGGAGGAAUUGUCGCAGCGCUCCCGCCGAAGCGUCCCAAAAGAGUUCGUAAGAACAAGGCGACACACGAGACGGCAGCGACGGGAGCUGGGCAGCCAUGGACGGCAUAUAAGAUCACCAAGGAGGUCUAUUACCUACGUCAGAAGUACGGAUACUGCCUUUGGUGCAACGGAGUCGCUCAUGUGACCGCACAAUGCCCCGAAAAGGGCAAGGCACGCAUACCCCCACCUGAGCUCGCACGACUCUUACAUACCGGUUGGAUUACCAACCAGGGUGUUCCGGAAGAUAUAGUGAGCGACCGAGAUACUCGCUUCAUGUCGGCCUUUUGGACUUCUCUCAUGACUGAGUCCGACACGACAAUGAAGCCAAGCUCGGCUCGGCACCCGCAGACGGAUGGUCAGACGGAGCGAGCGCACCAGACCGCUCAGAUGAUGUUGCGUACGCUCAUCCGUCCCGACCAGAAAUAUUGGGUUGACCGGCUUCCCGACAUYGAGUUCGCCUACAACACUUCGGUGCACCCGGCGAUCUGCGUCACACCAUUCRAGCUACAUCAUGGUGGAGAGAAAGCACGGAUCUUCGCUGAUCUCCUUUUGCCACAGGCUGCCGACAUAGACGUCCCUUGCUCUCCCGCUUCCAUCCGGAAGUACCGAGACUUGCUGAUCAAAGUCCGCGCAAAUAUGCAAAAGGCUCAGGUCCGCAUGCAGCAACAAGCUAACCGACGUCGACUUCCAUGUCCUUUCCGCGAGGGAGACCUUGUUUGGGUCCUCUCCGAGGAAUUUGCGCUCGAGCAGGACGUUUCGCGCAAACUCCUUCCGAAAUGGUUCGGACCAUGGGAAGUCACUUCUGCCAUUGGAGACGACCCCGCAGGUCCUUCCUUCGUGAUCAACAUUCCACCGCACCUGACAGUGCAUCGGGUCUUCCAUGCAUCAAACCUGGCCAUCUACACGCCACCUUCAGCUGACGAGUUCCCCGGACGUCGAUCACAGGAUCCGCCUUCUAUGGACGGACAUCAGGAAGUUCACCGAGUCAUCACGCACCGCAAGUAUGGCAACAAGCCAAGGCAGUACAAGGUCACAUUCAAGCAAUGUGCGCCUGAUGACACUCGGUGGAUCUCCAGUGAAGAUUUGCAGACUUCUGCACCCCUCAUAUUCGCCGACUACGAGAAGCGACGCCUUGCUAAGGACGCAACUCGUCCCGCCCGACCCACCCUGGUAUCGGACAGACAACUUCGCCCUCGCAGGUAGCUCGG